UGCCAACAGUAUGCCUAAACAAGUUGAGGUGAGGAUGCACGAGAGUCACCUGGAGCCCAUUGAGGCCAGGCCUCAGUCCAAAUGUGCCAAACUCUGCUCCAAGAUGUUCAAGAACCUUCUGCUCACGCUCACCGUUCUCGGUGUGAUCUUGGGAGCUGUAUCAGGGAUGUUGCUUCGCGUUGCCUCCCCUAUUCACCCAGAUAUUGUCAUGGUGAUUGCUUUUCCUGGAGAUAUCCUGAUGAGGAUGCUGAAGAUGUUGAUCCUGCCACUCAUCAUCUCCAGUUUAAUCACAGGUCUGGCCGGUCUGGAUGCCAAAUCCAGUGGUCGCCUGGGCACCAGAGCUAUGGUCUACUACAUGUCCACCACUAUUAUUGCUGCUAUCCUGGGAGUCAUCCUGGUGUUAGUCAUCCACCCUGGCAACCCCAAACUGAAGGAGAAUCUGGGCGAGGGCGAGAAAAAUGAUGACGUGUCCAGCUUGGAUGCCUUCUUUGAUCUGAUCAGGAACCUGUUCCCAGAGAACCUGGUCCAGGCUUGUUUCCAACAGAUCCAGACGGUCACAAAGAAGGUAGAGGUGGUUGCUGUGGAGGAUGUCAAUGCCACCACCAUGGAGGGACUGGUGGCUAACAUUACCAAGGAACCUCAAUUCAUCAUCAAAAAGUCCCUGCAGUUUAAAAGUGGCAUGAAUGUUUUGGGUCUGAUUGGUUUCUUUAUUGCAUUUGGCAUCUGCAUGGGCAAGAUGGGAGAGAAGGCCAGACUCAUGAUUGAAUUCUUCAGCAUCCUCAAUGAGAUUGUGAUGAAACUUGUCAUCAUGAUCAUGUGGUACUCCCCCUUUGGUAUUGCCUGUCUCAUCUGUGGUAAGAUCAUCUCCAUCAAGGACCUGGAGGUGGUGGCCAGGCAGCUGGGCAUGUACAUGGUGACUGUGAUUAUUGGCCUCAUCAUCCACGGAGCAAUCUUCCUCCCCAGCAUCUACUUUGUUAUCGUCAGGAAAAACCCCUUCACCUUCUUCCUGGGCAUCUUCCAGGCCUGGAUCACUGCCCUGGGGACAGCCUCCAGUGCUGGUACGCUGCCUGUCACCUUCCGUUGUCUGGAGGAGAACUUGGGCAUUGACAAAAGAGUCACUCGUUUUGUGCUCCCAGUCGGUGCCACCAUCAACAUGGAUGGAACUGCUCUGUAUGAGGCUGUCGCAGCCAUCUUCAUCGCCCAAAUGAACGGCAUCCAGCUCGACCCUGGUCAGAUUGUCACUGUCAGUCUGACAGCCACCCUGGCCAGCGUUGGAGCAGCCAGUAUUCCCAGUGCCGGCCUGGUGACCAUGCUCCUGAUCCUGACUGCUGUGGGCCUCCCAACACAAGACAUCAGUCUGCUGGUUGCUGUUGACUGGCUGCUGGAUCGAUUCAGGACCUCGGUGAACGUGGUGGGUGACUCCUACGGUGCAGGCAUCGUGUACCACAUGUCCAAGGCAGAGCUUGAAGAGCUGGAUGCUCACGCGGCUAAAUCAGACGACAUUGAAAUGAUGACGAAGACCCAGUCUUAUUACGAUGACAUGAAGAACCACCACGAAAACAAUUCCAACCAGUGCGUCUUAACCGCUACCUCUACCGCCAGUGCUAACAAUUCUGUCGUAGUAGAUGAAUGCAAGGUAACCUCAGCCACUAACGGCUCUGCUGCGGAGUGCACGCUUGUUGAGGAGGAACCAUGGAAACAUGAAUAA